CUGUUGCUGUCGGUUGUCAUGUCCCGUACACGCCAACCGGGGACGACGCCCCAGCUCCAAACUACCACAGAAUCACGCGAUUCAUCCACCGUUCGACUUACAGGGACCCUUCGAUUGAGGGGGGACGAGACCCCGAGCGCAAGCGAACCCUCUUCGGCCCGGCGCAUCAGAUGGAGUGAAGACGUUGUGGAUAAUGAAGGAAUGGGGAAGAAGAGCUCCAAAGUGUGCUGUAUCUACCACAAAGCUCGCCCCAUAGGCGAGAGCAGCUCCGAAUCCGAGUCUUCGGACUCUAACUCGUCCGACUCCGAAAGUGACAACGAGAUCGAUCGCCGCAGGCUCCGAGCAAACCACUCCCAUCGCUUGCACCCUCGGGGCCGGAGACCGGCUGAUGGGGAACCAUCGGAGCAGUCGCCAGAGCAAGAUCAAGGGCCUUGCUGCGAGCAACAACAUUCAAAUCAUAAACGACGGAAGCCAAGUCCAAAUGCGUACGAGAAGAUGCCCAAAUCUUCUAAAAAUCCACGGGGCACAUGA